GAGAAAUAUAAGGAAGAAAAGGAAGUAAGCAAGCACAGACUCUGGAAGCCAUCAGGAGUUCAUCUUUUUAAUAUCAGGAGACCAGAAGAAAGGACAGAAGUGGCUCUGGCUGUGAUGGGGCUGUUACUGGGCCUGCUGCUCCUGAGCCACCUACUGGUGGUCAUAUAUGGACAUCCCAUCCUGGAAGUGCCUCAGAGUGUGACAGGGCCUUGGAAAGGGGAUGUAAAUAUUCCCUGUACCUAUGGUCCUCUGCAAGGCUAUACACAAGUCUUAGUAAAGUGGCUGGUAGAACGUGGAUCUGACUCAGUCACCAUUUUUCUACGUGACCCCUCCGGAGACCAUAUCCUGCAAGCAAAGUACCGGGGCCGCCUGCGUGUAAAUCAUGAGGUUCCAGGAGAUGUGUCCCUCCAACUGAAUACCCUGGAGAUGGAUGACCGGAGCCACUACACAUGUGAAGUCACUUGGCAGACCCGUGAUGGCAACCGAGUUGUGAAAGAUAAGAUCAUUGAACUCCGGGUCCAGAAACAUUCCUCAAAGCCACCUGAUACCAAGACUAAGUCACUUCCAACCACGCAAACCUCCUUGGAAGCAACAUCCACAGUGAAUACAUCCUGGGGCAGAAUAACUGAAGUGGAUGGUUAUAUUGGAAAGACAAGUGCUGAACCAGGAAAAGGCCUGUCUAUCUUUGCCAUAAUUCUCAUCAUCUCCUUGUGCUGUAUAGUGUUCAUCACCAUGACUUAUAUCAUGGUCUGCCGGAAGACAUCCCAACAGGAUCAUGUCUAUGAAGUGGCCAGCUUCUGUGAGAAGACCUGGAUAAACUGGAGGUGCCCACAGCCUUCUGAACACCCUUUCUGACUUCAUCCAAAAGGAAGACAGAUAUGAAGAGAUAUAAAGAUUCUUUUUAGUACAUAAAAUUUAGGAGCCUUAUAGACCAUUUUGUCCCAGUAUUAAUGGAAAGGGUCAGUAGUUGAGCUAAAACUAUGUUGGUUUUAUUUCCACUUUUGAUGUUCUAGCCCAUGUCUCUCCCAUAGAGUAUAAUGAAAGCAAGUUUAGCUGAGAAAGGCUGGCCAACCCCAUAGGAAGAAGAGGUGGAUAUCUACAUGGGGUGGUAUUGAGGGACACUGAAAGCUUUUCUGUUGGUCUGUUACACUACAUAAAAUAUCAUCUGUUCUCUGCCUACCCUGGGAGGUCUAACACACCAAAUAGUUAAGACUUGCCCUGCAACUGACCCAGUUGGGCCUCCUCAUACUGGGAGCAGUAUGGAUUUUUUUUUUCAGGCAUAGUUAAACCCGCUGCUCAACCUCACCCAGAGAUAUUUAUUCAGCAUCACUUUCACAUCCCUUCUCAACAGAGGGCUGACAACCUUCAAAAUAAGAAAUAUGAAAACUAAAAGUCUCUGGACACAAUUCAUCUAAUCCUCCCCCUCCUCUUUUUUGCAGAAGAGGUCAAAAAUAUGUGUCCUGGAAUAGAGAAAGGACUUGUUCAAAGAUACAUAAUGGGUAAACAGCAAAACCAGAACUGCUAUUCAAAUAUCCUGACUCCUGGUUCCAGAGAACUUUCCACUUCCAUUUGGCUGUCUUCUAAACUGUCCGUUAUUACCAUUAUAGGAUUCAGGACAGAAGGGGACCAAUGGGACCCUUCUUCUCCCCCACCCUUGAUCCAGGGUUCAUGAGAAGUGUCCAAAGAGAAUGAGAUGAGUAGAUCCAAGCCACCUUUAGUAGCCAUGGACACUGCCCCAGUUUGGGAACCCAAACAGAGAGGGCAAGUGGAUACUAUACCUGUUUCUGAACUGGUGCCUUCAUCUUGUAGGAGCCAUAGGUUCCCUGGUGAUGAGCCAUCCUGCAGAAGUCAGAGGGAACUGGGCUUUAUGCUUUGAGCAGGGAGGUCCUAUGUUUUGAAGGGCCUUUGGUGUCUUCAAGAGGAAACAGAAAUGAGGAAGAUAAGGCUGAGGUUAGCCAACGGAAAUCUGAGUGCAAAAUGACAAAACAGUGCCGUUGUGAAAGGGUCUUCUACUGCAGCAACAGUCCCCACUGCCAUGUUCUUGCCUACCGCCACUGAACUCCACCAGGUACUAAUUCCCCAAGCUUCAGAAAGUCAGAGUAGAGAGCUCUGGCUGCCUUAGGUUCUGCCUAUGGCCAGAGAGGUUUUCUCAGAAUUAUUGAAGGAGUCCUGAAAUGUAAAAGCUAAGACAUUAUCAAAUGAAAAUGUCCAUUGUCAAAAUUGAGAAACUGAUCCUCUGAAGGAUAAAAGGAAAUGCCUGAUAUAAAAAAGCAAAUUAGUGGCAUACAUAGAAUUUGAAUCUAUUUCUGUCAAUUCCGAAUUCAUACAUUCUCUCACUCUGUUGGAAUGUUUCCCAUUCCUAAAACAUUCAUUUUAACUCCAUUGGCACAAAACAUAAUUUACAAGGGUAAAUUUACAGGCAGAAAAUGAAGGGCUCCUUUAGGAAAAAUCAAGAUGGUGACAGCAGAACAUUAAGCUAGGUUUGGGGUCUUUUUAAGCAUGAGGCCCUGUGAAACUUUACAGAUCACAUACAUUUGAAGCUGGCCUUGCUAGCACAGUUCUGCCCACAGCUUGCAUUCUGGCAUCUAGGGAACUUAAGAUAGAAUGAAAAAAGAAAAUUCACACCCACAAAGCAUUUAUUAUAUGUUUUGCAUAAUGCUUUUAUUAUGUAUUUUACAUGUGUUAUUUAAUCAACAACCAUCUGGUAUAGUAUUAUCAUUAUUCCUAUUUAUAGGUGAGGAAACUGAGACACAUAGAAGUAAAGUGGCUUGCCUAAAGAAACAAAACUGGGAAAUAAUUGAGAAGGCAGAAUUUGCACUCAGGUCUUUCUGAUUCCAAAUAUUAGGCUUUUUCUACUCUCUCAUGUUGAUUACAAAGAAAGCAAUUGACCUUGAGAAGGAAAGGAUAAUAUCAGACCCUUAAAUUCAACUGUGACCUUCAGGAUUCAUGAGGAACAUGACAGUUACGAGAAGAAAGUAAACGAUUUCCUAGAUCCUCUUGUUUGCAAUCCUUGGGCAGUCCCCAUUCACAGCCAGGAAGACUGAAUUCCCAUUAUGCAGGACACUACAUCAUGAAACCUGAUGACAUGGCAGAUGGCAUGUCAUAGAGGCAAUUCCUGCUGUAUUUUCAGGCUAUAUUUGCAUGAUCACUCUCAAUGAUUGCAGUGCCCAAGUUUCAGUCCUUAGUCUACAGAACAGAAAUAGGACUCUUUGCAGUACUCAAGGCUCAGUGAAUAAUCUAUCCAAGCCACAUACAGUAGUAUAAAUUCAGGUUCAAGAGAGAAAAAAAAAAAAAACACAUCCUGGGAGCCAGGAGUUUUGUGUCCUACUCCCAGAUCUGCCAGCUCUGUUCCCUCCCUUAGUUUCCUAUUUAACCAACAGAAAUUGAACUAGAUGAUCUUGGUGGCCUCUCCAACUCAAACAUUCCCUGGUUCCUUUAUAACCCCUUCCAUCACUGCCCCUCUCUCACUAUGGUCUUCUCUGCAUAUGCAGGGCCUAGAGGCUCUAGGGGAUAGCUUGAAUAGGGAUUCACUCACAUUCACACUGCUCUGUAGAAAACUUUUUUCUACCGGAAUAAUUUAUUGGCUUAGUCCUUGAGACUAGUUUCCCCAGAUCUAUCUUCUAGAAAGAUUCAGUUCCUUUUUUUUUUGUUGUUGUUGUUUCUUACUAAAACUUGGGGUGGAGUCAGGGUUGUCCCUUGAGCACCAUCCUAGGGAGGGACCCUUCUUCUCUACUUAUAUCCUAGAGAUUGAGUAAUUUCAGCUACCCACUCUUUUUCUUUUCUUUUCUUUUUUUUCUCAUUUAUCAGUUAAGGUACUCUCCUAGAUUUUUAACAGGGACCCUCUGGAAACAACAUCUUCAAUUAAAGUAGCAAUUGUUGUUAUUGAGUUGCUAACUCAUGUUUGACUCUUUCUGUCCCAUGGACUGCAGCAUGACAGGCUUUCUGGUCCUUCACUAUCUCUUGUAGUUUGCUCAGAUUCAUGUCCAUUGAGUCGGU